GAGAAGAAGCCAAGUUCUGCUCCUGCAUCGACAGCACGUGGCUACCAGAGGUUCAGUUUCACUGGUGAGCUGACUGUCCUGUCUGGGUCUUUGGCUAGUUUGGCUACACCAUUGGUUAUCAAUGACCCGUGCCACCAAAUUAGUAUUAAUACAAUGCAAAUAUACAUAAUUGUACAUUAUUUCUCCCUAUUGCUUCAGAUGAUGAUGAUCUUGCCCCAACAACUGACACAAAAGGUACCAAAGCUAACAGUUGGACCCAUGUAUAGACCAAAAAAUAUCAGGUCAACUGUAAAAUUCAUUAGAGUGGCCCUACGUGUAGAGUUCUUAACACACCAUAAAGCAUAUUAAUAUCGAAACAGAAUCCCCAGCUCUGGUAUCAUAUCUGUUGUCUAUAGACUUUGAUGACCCUUUGGCUGACCUGUUAGAUGAUCUACCCAUAGAAGACAAAAAUGAGCCAAAAUGAGCCAAAAAAGCUCCUCCAGAGAAAUCAGUGCUGCCCCCAGACUCCCCUAUCAUAAAGAAAAAAGAAACAGCCUCACCAGCUCCAGUUCCAAAGAAGCGGGACGAGCUUAUGUUUGAUGAUGACGAGGAUGACCUAAUGGAUGCAUUGGUGUUUGGGGAGAGUCCCAAAGAGAGCCCUAAGAAGAUUGAGACCGUGCUCAUACCAAAGAACGAGAGCAGCAGUGAGCUCCCUCAAAGAGCACGCACCAGGCUAGAUGAGAUUCUGGGGCGUGGGACGUCCCCUCGCCUUCUGGAGUGCCCUCCAACAGGGGAGAGGAAGGACCGUCCGCAGCAGCAGGAAAAGCAGAAGCAUCAUCAGGAGACCCCCACUAAUAAAGACCUCUUCCUAGAAGAAGACCUGACUUUUGGUUCCUAUCAACCUACACUGGUCACUAUACCUGAGGGACGCCACUCACGCAGACAGUCGGUCAGAUUCUCCACUGAGGACAACAGUGCCUCUUCUCCUGAGAAGAAAGCCAAACCCAUCACCCCCACCACGCUCACGCCUACCUUCCUCCGGCCUGCUGCAGACUGGCUGGGGCUCUCGCAGGAUGAUGAUGAUGAGGAGGAAGAGAAGGAAGAGCCCCCGCCUGUACCAGAACCCUUGAAGACCCCCUCUUCGUCAGUGGGAAGCAAACCCUCCUCGUCUGGCAACCGCAUUCCACAGCCAUCGACAGAGACUCCAAACACCUCCUUGAAACCCCCUAAACCAGUAGGACCCAGUGUAGAGGUCUCUGCAAGCAAAAAGAACGAAGAUGAUUGGCUAUCGGGGGCAUUGAGCAGGAAGAAGACUCCACACGGUCAGAGGAAAAGAGGACAACCCAGGAAGACUUUCUGGGGUUUGGAGACGAGGUGGAUCUGGAGUCGUUUCUCAGCAAACGUGGUUCUUCACCAGCUUCCAGGAGGAAAGAUGCAUCCACCCCCAACAAGGAACCAGGAUUCUCCUCUGCCCAGGGAGCCCUCCCAUAGACAGCCCAGCCCUACUGCUCAUUCUACCCCAGUGAGAGAGGACCAGUUCAGGCCUGUGCCACAGCAAAGCCAGAUGCAGAACACUGCACCUGCUGUCCAACCACAGGUGUCUCUUUCAGCCAACAGUUUGCAACAGCUCUUACUACAACAGCAGCAGUUGGAGUCCCAGCUGCUGGGGUUAGGGGGAGCUGUGGAUGUAGCUGGGCUGCAGAGACAGAAGAGAGACUGAGAAGCAGAAUGGACAUCUAGCUUUACAGGCCCGCAUCAUCAAACUAGAGGGACAGGUGAGAUCUCUACAGCAGGAGCUAGACCAGAACCAGAUGUUGCUGGAGAGUGUUCAGCAGAGACACAAGCAGGACACUGAGCUCAUGGAGAACACACACAGGGCUCGUGUGACGCUGCUUGACGAUUUCACGGCACAGCGAGAAGCACGACAGGAAUGCGAGGACCUAGCAGAGCGCCUAGCCACCGUCACACGUAUAGAUGAACAGGAGCGUAUGAAGCUGCAGGCACAGCACCAGCGCAGACUGGCCCAAACCCAGCAGGACAGAGACCGAUAGGUGGAGCGACUCAGAGACCUACAGAGGAAGUCUAUUUUGGAGAUAAAGAAAGACCACGAGGAUCAGGUCCAGAGGCUGAAGAGAUUGAAGGAUGAGGAGAUUGAUGCUGUGACUAGUGCCACAUCACAAACCAGGUCCCUGACAGUGGUGAUUGAGCAGAUGGAGCAUUUCUCCCACAGGCUGGGGGACCUUUCGUCUCGGGUGGAGAGCACCCAUGAGAACACAGCCCAGGGGCUGGAGCAGGGGGCACGGCAGAGAGACGAACAGCUCCGAGUGAUGCAGGACCGUCUGGGCCAGCAGCAGAGGGGCAUGGCAGAGAACAAGGCUCAAAGAAGUCAUCGCCAAGAUGGACACCCAGCUGGCUGAGCAGCAGAGGCAACUAGAGAAGGAGCGCUGGAGAGUGAAUGCAGAGCAGGCUAAGGCCAACUCAUCUCAGAGAGGCCUGGACGAGGAGAGAGGAGCUUGAGGGAGAAGUGGUUAAAGAUGUCUGCCAGAUCCCUACUCAAGUGUUUCCCAACCCUGGUCCUCCAGUACACCUGAUUCAACUAAUCAUCAAGCCCUGAAUGAGAUGGGGUACUGGAGGACCAGGGUUGGGAAACCCUGACUUAGAAGACCCCUACUCCCCUCAAUGUCUAGAGUGCCUUGGAGGAGCUGUGCAGAGGAGAGAAGGAAGCUGGCGGCUGAGUGGACCCAGUUGCAGAGGCUGGAGGGGGACGCCAUCAGCAUGGCACAAGAGCUGGGGAGCUAAAGCAGCAUGAGGCGGCUGUAGCACAGGAGAGGGAGGCUCUGGAGAGACAGGAGGAACUGGACAGGAAAAAGGAGAGGCUGAGUGGUACAGGCCUGCAGCUGAAGACAUGUGCCCAGGAGGUAGAGGCCUUCAGCAAGCUGGCAUCAGAAAAAUAUGAGUGUGACAAGGCCCUACAGGAGUCCAGACAUGUGGAGGCUGAGGAGCAUCCACUCCCAGAUGGAGAGACUGAGACAGCAGGAGCAGCACCUUCAUCAGGAGAAUGAAGAUGACUGAGCAGCGUAGAGAAAUGGAGACAAGCACAGCCUCCCAAACACUUCUUUCCCUCAAUCUAUGGCCCCUAUAUUCACAG